UCGCCUGGCUCAGAGCACCAAGCCCAGGAGCACUCGAGUCCCGCACCCAAGUCGCUCAGCGCCCGGAGCGCCGGGAUCCUUCCGGCGUGGUGCCCUCCGGAAGGUGCGGAGCUUUGGGGGACCUGCUUUGGCGCCGCCGGUGGUACCCCAAGAAAAGUCGGGGCGCGGAAACAGCGGUGAGCGCCGAGGGCGAGGCCCGGUAGCCACUGGCGCCCGCUGUGCCGCCUCCUGCCCGCAGCUGCUGGGUGAGUGCUGGGGUUGCACGAACCGCCGCGUCUCCGGCGCGCGCAAGGGCGGCCCGUGGGCCCCCCGAGGGUCAGCCCAGGGGCCCUGGUGGCGAGGGCAGGAAUUCGGCAGUCCGCGGGCGCCAGGAGCUCAGGUUCCUGGAACCCUACAGCCGGGAACCCGACCCCCGAGGGCUUGGAGAAGCUGGUGCUGCGCCGGUUCCCCGGCAGAUAUGCCUUUGGGCGGGAUUCUGGCCAAAAGAUAGGAGGCGGGGACGCCCGCGGCCCGGCCCGGAGUAGGGGGACAGACGGUCGCGAGCGGCGGGAGCUGGCCGGGGCUCGUCGGAGCAGGUAGAGCAGCUCCCGGCAGCCCUGCGAGUUGGCUAGUGGGGUUGGAACCUCGCGUGGCAACUCGUGUAUUUCCAAACAGCCUGGGAGUGCGCAGGAGACUCGGUGGGGGCAGUAGGGAAGGCACUGGGGCCUCCGGGAUGCCGGUGGUGGGGGGAGAGAGGAGAAGCGUCGUAAAGCUGGGAGGCAAAAUUGCGCAGGGGUUCCUGCUCCUAGCCUAACGUCUGCCUUGAGUGCGGGAGGACACUUUUUCAGACUCGGUCCCAGGGUGGCACAGGCGUCGGUCGGGGGCAGAGACCGCGGCUACCUGGGGGGUGCGCUUGACCACCUCCCCGCCGUUCCCCAAAGCGCUCUCGCUUUUGUCCCCCCCACCCGUCCCCCGCCCCCACCUUCUUACUGGUGCUGGUUUGCAGCGCUCGGCUCUGCGACUUGGCGUGUGAAUCUGGCUCGCCCCUCCGUAUUAUGUCUGCACUCCGAAGGAAAUUUGGGGACGAUUACCAGGUAGUGACCACCUCGUCCAGUGGCUCGGGCUUGCAGCCCCAGGGGCCGGGCCAGGGCCCACAGCAGCAGCUGGUGCCCAAGAAAAAGCGGCAGCGGUUCGUGGACAAGAACGGCCGGUGCAAUGUGCAGCACGGCAACCUGGGCAGCGAGACCAGCCGCUACCUCUCGGAUCUCUUCACCACCUUGGUGGACCUCAAGUGGCGCUGGAACCUCUUCAUCUUCAUCCUCACCUACACGGUGGCCUGGCUCUUCAUGGCGUCCAUGUGGUGGGUGAUCGCCUAUUCCCGGGGCGACCUGAACAAAGCCCACGUCGGCAACUACACGCCCUGCGUGGCCAACGUCUACAACUUUCCCUCUGCCUUCCUCUUCUUCAUCGAGACCGAGGCCACCAUCGGCUACGGCUACCGCUACAUCACCGACAAGUGUCCCGAGGGCAUCAUCCUCUUCCUCUUCCAGUCCAUCCUUGGCUCCAUCGUGGACGCCUUCCUCAUCGGCUGCAUGUUCAUCAAGAUGUCCCAGCCCAAGAAACGCGCGGAGACCCUCAUGUUCAGCGAGCACGCGGUCAUCUCCAUGAGGGACGGCAAACUCACGCUCAUGUUCCGGGUGGGCAACCUGCGGAACAGCCACAUGGUCUCGGCACAGAUCCGCUGCAAACUGCUCAAAUCUCGGCAGACACCUGAGGGUGAAUUCCUUCCCCUUGACCAACUCGAACUGGAUGUAGGUUUUAGUACUGGAGCAGAUCAACUUUUUCUUGUUUCUCCCCUCACGAUUUGUCACGUGAUUGAUGCCAAAAGUCCCUUUUAUGACCUAUCCCAGCGAAGCAUGCAAAGUGAACAGUUCGAAAUUGUCGUCAUCCUCGAAGGCAUUGUGGAAACAACAGACAAGUAUUUGAAUGCCUGCUGUAUGCUUAUAGUAUGAUAGACUUUGAAAGUGCAUUGCCGAAUAUAAUGGUGGCCAGAGGGUCUCCUUCUCUUUCUAAGGGACAUAUUCAAAUUGGAGAAUGUACAUUCUAAAACAAAAAGCAAUCAAGAAAUUUUCAGAUGAUGUGUGCGGGAUUUGAAAAAAACAACAAAGGCUCCGGUGACAGUUCAGUGGGAAAGACUUUUGCCUUGCAAGUGACCAAACUGGGUCCCCCAAGGACCUCCAGGAUUGAUCCUUGAGCACAGAGUCAGAAGUAAGCCCUGAACACGGCUGGGUGCGCCCUCCAAAGGGAAAAAAAAGCAACAAAAACAAGGAGACAAAAUGUAUGAAGGCUACUCUCAGUUGCUAUUUAAGGAGGGAUUCUCUGGGAUGUGCACUCCUCAGCAGAGAUCUGCACAAGAAGCAUCUGGACCCCUUUGGAGUAUAGUAUGAUAGGUACUGUGAGCACGGACUCGGAAAGUGGAAAUCUUUCUGAUAUAAUCCAGAAACUAAGAGAAGGCAGAGGUGACUGAAAUAGAGUGAAAAAUUAGAGGGCAAGAUGAGGAGGUUGUCUCCAAAAUGGAAAUUGUUGUACUGACAAGGAUUUGAAAAACAAAAAUAUGUAAUUACAGAAAAGCCAUAGUUUACUAAUCUCAAAGUAUGUAUUUAAGAAAACAAUUUUUUUCUAGUGGAGUCAUUAAAAAUGGCUGAUUUUAUGUCUUAGAAAUAUAUAAGAUUUUAGGCAUUCUUAGCUCUCGUAUUAAUAAUAAUAUCCCCCUCCCAGGCCGACACAUACAUAUACACAAUCUCUCCUCUAUCUCUGUCUCUUUUUCUGUCUCUCUCACACAUACCACACACACACUGCUCACUUCCCCUCAAACCUCAUCAGAAGACUUCUAAUCUCACUUUUCUGAUCUCACAUUUUUUCCCUUCUCAUUGCUCUCAUUUCAGCAGGAAUGGUGCGGAUUGGGUCAGAGAGGAUGCGGGCUGGGUCAGAGAGGGAGGGCUAUUGCAUAAUUAGAACUGCUCCUAAUUCCUUGACAGUUUCAUCUUCCAGUUUCAGGACUCAGAAUAAUUCCCUCUAUCCCUGGGAAAUACUUCCCAAUGAUCAGAUUUAGGAAUUUAAAUCUUCUUUUUUUAAAAAAAAUCUCCCUUCUUGAUUUAAAUGAGUUAGACUUUCACUCCCCACAAGGAACACAAGCUAUCUCUUCAUUAAAAACCUCUGCUUCUUUGCUCAGUCAGUGAAUUCCUAAAUCUCGGUUACCUCUAACUCUUGCUCUCUCAGUUUUUUCUCCCUGGAGAGAGAGCAGUGCUAGAGGCAAACAGCAUUGCAGAUUUGGCUCAUUAGAAUUGAAUGCUUUCAAACUUCAAUCUGCUCUUUGCUGCUAUUUGGCAGACUUUUUAAUUGUCUUUUCUGUACUCCUCUGCUCUCUCCCAGUGGAUCUAUUUUAGACCUUUUCUCUUUCCUAUGCCCCCAGUCCCAGCUGUCCUAUCUCUUCCUUGGUGUAUCAUCUCUCCAACUAUUCUAGCAAAAGGAAAAAAUAUCACUUGAGUUUUCACAAAUUUUUGAGUUCUCGUCCUUUUUUUUCAGUUAUUUUAUUUUUCUUAAGUGGUAUCUUUGUAUGCUUCUGUUUGGGAGCAGAUACGGGUGGGGGGAAAUCUACAUUCCUCUCCCAAAUCAUCUCUGCUAGAGCUAAUUACGUUUCCCUACACCUGUGAUUGAAGUCCCACAAACGUUAUAUCCAUGAUACCUAAAAUUGCACUGACACUAUUUUCUCUCAAACAUUUCUACAUUUUUCCUCGUGAUAAAGUAAUCCUAUGACUCGUCAUUUUAUACUCAGAGUUCUUUUUUUUAAAAUUUUUUAUUGAAUCACCAUGUGGAAAGUUACAAAGUUCUCAGGUUUAUGUCUCAGUUUACAAUACUCAAACACCCAUCCUUUCACCAGUGCCCAUAUUCCACCACCAAAAACCCCAGUAUACCCCCGUCCCCCACCCCCAACUGUAUAACUGAUGAAUUUCACUUCAUUUUCUCUUUACCUUGAUUACGUUCCAUAUUUCAACACAAAACUCACAAUUGUUGUUGGAGUUUCCCCCCAAGAAAGACAGCCCUACUACCAAGGAAGCAUUUGAUAAUUAGUUUUCCAUUGCUGAGAAUGAAGAGAUAUGUAGCCCCACUGUUCCAAGUAUGUAACUUUUUUUUUCCUUUUUCCUUUUCCUUUUUUUCCCCCCCUCAUCCCCCUUCCCGCACCUCAUAGUAUGGUGGACACCACGCCACGUUUCUCCCUGAAAAUGGGAAACAACUGGGAAAGAGGGAUAUUUCCUCUUCUUGGCCGGUAUGGGGCUGUUGCUUAGUUCACAGUCCAGAGAAGUGGCUGCUACUUUAAUAACCGUCAAUAUUUCAACAAAAACUCACUGUUAUUAUUUGGAGAUUCCCCCCCAAGUCAGACCUGUUAAAAAAAAAACCGUUUCACAUUGCUGACAAUUAUAGAUGUCCGCGCGGUUUUAAAUUUCUGUAUAAAGUCCAGGGAAAAUUCUGCCAGAAAUUGCAUAGCCCAGCUCACAGUCCCAGUGCAUUGCUGUAUGAAGUCUCUGGAAUCAAAGUCUUUAGGCGCAGAGGGUCCGUUUCACUCUCAGCAGCUCCGAAUUUAUCUGGGCCGAGGGCGUGCCGGUUACACCCACUUCCCAUGAUUCCCUAGGAGCCCCAAGUGUAAAAAUCUUAUACCUCUGGGUUAGGAGUCUUAGAAGAUGGCGCCUGCCAUGUGGAUGGUGCUGCCGCCGCAAUUUUCCAUGCAGGAAGACAGGGUGGGGAAGAAAGAUCCACCCCCAGGCCGUACGAAGUUGUAGCCCAGUUCACAGUCCCCAGUACAUUGCUAUUAGAAGCUGCGCUGGAUGCCCAAAUGUGUUAGGUCUCUGGAAUCAACGUCUUCAGGCGCAGAGGGUCCCUAUACUCAGAGUUCUUUUGGGGAUCCAGGAAUAUAUUCUCCCCUCUCUUACUUGGUGUUUCUUCUCAUUUACAUUCCCAGUUACUCUGUUUUGCAUGACUGCCCCUUCUUAGCUGUUUAUGUCCUGUGAAUGUUUCCUAAUAAUUUCCAUCUUUCCCUUCUUUCCUUUACAAUCCAACUCUUAUCCUUUUGUUUUUCCAUAAUGAAUUUACAAAGUACUCACAAGUUCAUCUUUUCUUUUACUUCAAGCUCUGCAACCUCCUACAAUUAUGUUUUAAUUUUUGUUUUAAAUUUGGGGCCACUCCCAGCAGUGGUGGGGACUACUCCUGGCUCAGUGCUCAGCAUCACGCUCAGUGCUUUUAAAGGGACCAUGUGAUACCAGGCAGGAUUAGAACUCAAUACUCCUGCAUGCAAUAUACUCCAUCUCCUGCCAACUACCUUGCUAUUAUUUUUUCCCUUGGAUGUCAUUAUUUUAUUAGACUCAAAUUGUCCAAAUACUAUGUCUCCUCUUACCUUUUUAUUACAUAUUUAUUUGGACAGUUGUAUCACUAAUACUUGCAUUUUUUCCAGUUUUCUUCCCACUUUCCAUUAUUCUAUUCAAAUAUUCAUUCAGUAUGCAAACCAUCUAUUUAAAAAAAGGCAUGUAUUAUGCCAGAGCACUACUUUAAUAGGAGUCACCCCUCAAAGCUGGAGGAGAAAGACAGGAUACAUGCUGUAUUGAUGUGGGCCUGAAGGUUUGUGGCUCAGACUGGUACAGGGCAGUUUACUUCUUGGGGGUGUGGGGUGUAGAUGCAUAUUCCCUGGAACUAUACCCUGGAGGAGAAGGGCAGGUGCAUUGUGGGACAAAGUAUUGAAUUCAGAGCUUCAUACCUUCAGAGCACUUGAGUUAUAUCCUUGGCCCCUAAACACUACUCUUCACCUAAGAGACAUGUUCCUUACCAAAAUAAAAUUUCUGUUCUUGUAGGCACACAUAUUUUUAUAUAAGAAACAAAAAACAACAUAUAGGAUCUCACCUAGAGUGUUAGAAAAGGAGAAGUGACAAGGGAAAAAACAAAACAAACAUGCAAGGGAGGGGAUUGGAGCACAGUGGGUAGGGUGUUUGCCUUACAUACGGCCGACCCGGGUUCGGUUCCCAGCAUCCCAUAUGGUCCCCUGAGCACCACCAGGGGUAAUUGCUGAGUGCAGAGACAGGAGUAACCCCUGAGCAUCGCUAGGUGUGAUCCAGAAAAAAAAAAAGAUGCAAGAUAGAGGGUUUACUAGUAGAGGGAAAUCAUAAAGGACUGUAGUAAAGCAUUUCUGCUUGGAUUAAAGUAUGGUAACUUCAACAUAGCAGGGACUGAGAGGGAGAGCAGUCUUGACAGUGGGAUCUGCAGUUGUCAAUAGUCCGAGGGAAUGGGACACCUGGUGCCACUCUUGCUAAGUAGUAAUUCUCGGCUCAGCUCUUCCUCAACCCACAUGCCAGUACUGCAACAACCUCAUGGUUGUCUCCAGUUUAGGUUCAGUAUUUGAGAUGCAAUAUCUACCCAUUUUUCCUGAGCACCUAAACCCCGUGUGUUUUUGUUUUUGUUUUUUACUCACUCAUUAAAACACUUUUCUAGGAAUUAGCUAGUAAGUACAUGCUCAUUUAAGAAAAAUGAAAAAAUUAGAUAUAAUAAAUAUUUUAAAGCUCAACUUUAGUAUUAACAUAGCUGAUUGUUAAUAUUUCAGAUAUACCACAUUCAGGUAUAUCAUUGUUAUACUAUAUGUGAUGUUUUGUAACUUAGUUUUGUAUCAUAUGUUGAUGCCAAUGGAGGUGAUUCAAGAUAAAUAACUCAUAUAAUCCUUUAUAUAAUUAUUCAAUUUAUGUAAUUAUAAUCAUUUAUGUAAUAAAAAGAUAUUGAGUCCUUAUAUAAUUUAAUAGAUUUCUUAUUAAUUAUAUAUGUAUGCAUACAUAUAUAUCUACUUUAAUGUUAUCUUUCUCCAAGUCUGGGGUUAUUAGCUACUUAUGUUCUCAAAAUUGAAAUGCUUUCAAAGUUUAUAGUUUUAAUCUAUUUAUCAUUGCUUUCACUAUUUUAUGGAAAUUUCUUAAUGAACUUUAUAUAAUAAAGAUGAAAUUCUUGAGUAAAGAGACAAAUGGAUAUGGUGGUUUCUAGUGUCUGCAUAGGUAUUGCUAUCAGCAAACUGGUGCCAAUUUAAAAUUAUAGAUGAAGGUAUCCAUUUCCUCACAGCCUGCCAGUAGUGAAUGUUAGAAUUGGCUUUAUUUUCAUCUAUUUAACAUUUUUUCUUUUUUUAUUUGCUAGUGAGAUUGGAAUUAUUGUAAAAAUUUACUGAGUUUUAUAUCUAGAGUUCAAUUAAUAGUGCCAUUUUACUUCUAAUAAUUUUAAUGUAUCAACUAUUGAUAGUAUUAGCAUAUUA